GAACAGACACGCGCCAAAGUUUAUGGGCUUAAAAACAAAGCAAACAUUUGGUUAACCAAACAAUGCCCAAUGCUGGUCUGGUACGCAUGACCUUACGAAAGGCUUUGAAUGUCUGGCAGAACAGUUCAAAGCUGACAUUCCGUGAAGUAUACAGUCCUGAGGCAGACAUACAAGUCUUAUUCGCCAAACGUGAUCACGGCGAUGGCUAUAAAUUUGAUGGGCCUGGUUUAGUGUUGGCCCAUGCCUUUUAUCCAGGCGUGGGACGGGGUGGUGAUGCCCAUUUUGAUGAUGACGAAAAUUGGUCUUACGAUCCGCAGCCCAAUUAUGAAGAUGCCGUUAUUGGCACAGAUUUUCUUGGUGUUGCCGUUCAUGAGUUUGGCCAUUCUCUGGGACUUGGUCAUUCUUCGGAUCAAAGCGCCAUUAUGUUCCCUUGGUAUCAGGGCUAUACGGUGGGGGGGGAAUUGCCCAACGACGAUCGUACUGCCAUACAGGAGUUAUAUGGAGCCAAAGUGAAGACAUGGGGCUCUUAUCGGCCACCAUCCAGACCUACUACUACUACUACUACUACAACUACCACCACUACAACUACCACAACGACUACUCCAAGAACAUAUUAUAAUCCAGUUCGAUACAAUGCAAACAACAAUCCCUAUUCACCACAGCGUCCCACACAGGAAGUUCUACACUCGUAUACCGAAAAUCCACGUUAUGAUCAACGUUACGAUCGGCGCUAUGAGCCCCGUCAAGAUCCACGUUAUAAUCAGCGUCAAGAACCUCGCUAUAAUCCACGGUAUGAUCAUACCUCAAAAUCUUACUAUCCAGAUUACAGAACACCGGCUACCACAACAACACGUAGACCAUAUGUACCAACAACAACUACAACGACGACACCGCGCCCUAGAAUACAACCUACACAACGUUAUCCAUCACAAAGAACGCCCGAAAAACCUCAUCAUCGACCUUCAAAACCACGCAAACCUAAGCCCGAUAACUGUUUAACACAUUACGAUGCCAUAUCAAUGAUACGGGGAGAAUUGUUUAUUUUCCGUGGACAUUAUCUUUGGCGUAUUGGCGAGCGAGGUCUUUAUCCUGGUUACCCCACCGAAACAAGACGUCUAUGGACUACACUGCCUUCAAACUUCAACAAAAUCGAUGCUGUAUAUGAAAAUCAUCAACGCCACAUUGUGUUCUUUAUUGGCCGUAAAUUCUAUGAAUUUGAUUCUGUAACCCUUAUAAGGGAAAACUCUUUAACGGCCCUCGGACUGCCGGGCUCACUGUCGCACAUUGAUGCUGCCUUUAUUUGGGGACACAACAAUCGUACAUAUCUCUUCAGUGGCACCUUGUACUGGAGUUUGGAUCGUGACACAGGUCUGGUUGAACUGGACUAUCCGCGUGAUCUCUCCAUAUGGGCUGGCAUUGGCUACAACAUCGAUGCCGCCUUCCAGUACACCAAUCGCAAGACAUACUUCUUCAAAGGGCACUCCUAUUGGGAAUUCAAUGACGACAUCAUGCGAGUGGCACAUCCCACGCCACGGUCUUCGGCCCGAGACUGGAUGAAAUGUUCACGCAAUGUAAACGAAGUAGACGAUGAACAAAGGACAGCACCACUGAUCUCUGAGGUUAACACAAGUUCCAUAACUGCCAAACGAGAGUCUCCAUUCGCAGUGAUUUUUGCUGGUUUUCUAGCGCUUGCCUGGUUGAAUCGAACGCUUAGAAGUAGGUGGUGAGCUAUUAAGCCAAGUGUCGACCAAGGAUUCAAAUCCAAAAACCAAAUUCAUCUACAUAGACAUCUAAUAUAUAUGCAUAUACAUACAUAAGGGUGGGUCACUUAUAUUGUUUGCGAUAAUCGCAAUUAGCGAUUAUCAAAAUCGUAAUCUAUUACGAGUUCUAAGAAUCUUUGCCCAAAAACAACUGAAGGUCUAAAACCAAAAUCAAAGUCUAUCCGUUACUAAUUUACCUUCUUCGCUCAGACCAGGUUCUUUGGAUUAGUCUCAAUGUUGUGUUGUGUUCGAAAAAAAGAUGAACUUCGUGG